AUGGACGCGCUGAUAAUCAACUCGACAGACAAGUGCGGCGGGAAGGAUGCCACAGAGGCUCUCCAGCCGAGCAGCCGCGCCAUCAUUGUCCAGUUAGCCCUCUCUCUCAUCCUCGGCGUCUCGGCUUUUGUCGCAUUUUGCAUUCUUCGUCCGCGAUGGCCGACUCUCUACGCUGCGCGCAAGCGCCGACUCGACCCCAAGAUUGGCCUUCCCACUCUUCCGAAUACCUUGCUCGGAUGGAUUCCCGGCCUGUAUCGUGUGACGGAGGAGCAGGUUCUCGCCUCCGCGGGGCUUGAUGCAUUCGUUUUCCUGUCUUUCUUCAGGAUGGCCAUCCGCAUCUUGGCCGUCAUGACGUUCCUCGCCCUCGUCGUCCUGCUGCCGAUCAACCUCCACUACAGACCAGGAGAUUACAAGCUCAACAGCACCAGUGUCGCCAUGUUCGACUGGAUGGCUACCUACGGCGACGCGAACACGUACGACGAGGGUGGCAAGGACUCGAAGGACGAUCCAGACAGAAGCUAUCUUUGGGCAUGGCUGGUAUUCGUCUAUGUCUUUUCAGGGCUCACACUAUACAUACUGAACAAGGAGACUUUCCGGGUCAUCCAUAUCCGCCAAGAGUACCUCGGAACGCAGUCAACUGUCACAGACAGGACAUUCCGCCUGUCAGGAAUUCCCCAGAACAUGCGAUCCGAGGACAAGAUCAAGCACUUGAUUGAGAAGCUCCAAAUCGGUCGUGUUGAGAGUGUUAACCUGGUUCGCGACUGGAGGGAGAUUGACUCACUGACUGAACAACGAGCACAAAUUCUGGCGAAACUGGAGGAAUCCUGGAGCGUCUUUCUUGGAAAGCAGGCCGCCCUACCCAAAUCCGUACAACGUCUGCGUGACCCCGAGGCAGAGCCUUCUGUUCUGGAGCCACGUCAGGAUGAAAUUGACGAGGAGGCCGGUGAAAAUGGACGGCUAUUGGGGCAUGGCGAACUCCACCCAGAGUAUGUGGAGCGUGAACGCCCAAAGAUUCGCCUGUGGUACGGCUUUCUCAAGCUCCAAAGCCGCCAGACGGAUGCUAUCGACUACUACGAGGAGAAGCUGAGGCGGCUUGACGAGAAGAUCUACGAGGCCAGGCAGAAGGAAUACGCGCCGAGCGAUCAAGCAUUCGUUACGAUGGACAGUAUUGCGGCCUGCCAGAUGGCGAUCCAAGCCCGCAUCGAUCCCCGCCCCGGACAGUUCCUGACGAAACCCGCGCCAGCGCCUUCAGACAUCAUGUGGGCCAACACAUACGCACCUCGAGGUGUACGAAGGCUGCGAUCGUGGACGGUAACAAUCUUCGUGGCCGCGCUGUCUAUCCUGUGGAUCGCCGUGCUGGCUGCCAUUGCGGGUCUCUUGAGCGUUUGCAACUUUCAGCAAUGGUUCCCUUCUGUUGUCGACUUUUUGAAGCAGUUCCCGACCAUCAAGGAGUUGAUCGAGACGUCCUUGACGACAGUGCUCGUUUCGUUGCUCAAUGUGGCCGUGCCCUACCUGUACGAUUAUCUGUCGUACCAGCAGGGCAUGAUCUCCAAGGGCGACGUCGAGCUGUCCAUCAUUUCGAAGAACUUCUUCUUCACGUUUGUCAACGUCUUCCUCGUCUUCGCCGUCUCAGGGACUGCGCUCAGUGUCUUUAAGAUUUUCCAAGACUUUCAGGAUUCCUGGGGCAAUACGACGAAGCUGGCACGAUUGAUUGGUUCACGGAUUGAGGCCCUGGGUCUGUUCUACGCCAACUUCAUCAUGCUUCAAGGCCUUGGCCUGUUUCCCUUCAGACUCCUGGAGGUGGGCAGUGUCUUUCUCUACCCGAUCUACCGCAUGGGAGCAAAGACUCCGAGAGACUUUGCCGAGAUUAUGCAGCCGCCAGUGUUCAGCUACGGCUUCUAUCUCCCGACGGCGCUCCUUGUGUUUAUGCUGUGCCAAAUUUACAGCACGUUGCCGUUUGGCGCUCUCAUCUUGCCGAUGGGAAUGAUUUACUUUACGUUUGGGUACUUCACGUACAAGUAUCAACUCCUGUACGCCAUGGACCAGCCGCAGCAUGCGACGGGUGCGGCGUGGAGGACGAUUUCGUACCGUAUCGUGCUUGGCCUAGUCGUGGCAGAGAUCAUUCUGUCCAGUGUCAUGGCGCUGCAGACAGGUUUUGCUCAGUCGGUGCUGGUCUUGCCUCUGGUCAUCUUCACGAUAUGGUACAGCUUCUACUUCCGACGCCGAUUCGAGCCCCUAACCCGCUUCAUCUCGCUCCGAAGCAUUCGGGCAGAGUUUGACGCUGAGGACUCUGCCAUUCUUGACGAAGAUUUUGAAGGACCGAGACCUUCGCAGGGCCUGCUUAGAAGAGGAAGCACGAUUGACGAGGACAAGGAGAAGGGGAUGAAGUUCAUUAACCCCAGCUUGACCUCUCGUCUUGAUCGACCGUGGAUCUAUCAGGAUCCGCCUCCAGCCGACGAUUCGGGAGAUGAGAGCGAGAGCGCAGUGGACACGGAGAGACCCAAUGCUCCCGCGAACACGGCCUCGGCUGCGUCGGAUAGUUCGAUGAGCCUAGGUGAUACGCACAUCUGGCGCCAACAAGCUGACAGCAGCACCCGAUAA